GGAAAUGAUGGAGACACUCUGACAUUGAAAGUCUAACAAUUAGUGUUAGAAAAUCGAAAAAAAAAUGUGGAAAACAAAUAUCGACUUAUUAAGACACUUUAAAGUGUCUCUUCGGCGACCAAAAGCUCUAAAGAAAAAGACAAAAGAGUAAAGGACUGAAGAGAGAAGAAGAAGAACAAACACGAAAUCAAUGGCGGUUUCCGUUUCAAUUCUCGCCGUCGUCACUGCUCUUCACCUCCUUGCUUUCGUCUUUGCCUUCGGCGCCGAACGUCGCCGUAGCACUGCUGUGGCGGUGCCGGACCAGUACGAUGAGAAGACCUUCUGUAUGUACGGAACUGAGGCGGCGACGGUGUACGGUAUGUCGGCGUUUGGGUUGCUGCUUGUGAGCCAAACGGUGGUUAACGGCGUUACAAAGUGUCUCUGCUUCGGAAAGGGUCUCGUCACUGGUACUUCUUACACAGGCUGGGCUAUUGUCUUCUUCGUCGUCUCUUGGGUAAGCUUUCUUGGUGCUGAGGCAUGCUUGUUGGCUGGAUCAGCGAGGAACGCAUACCACACCAAAAGUGAAGGCAUCUACAAAGGAAAAGAGCUUUCUUGUGCCGUCUUACCCGUUGGGGUCUUUGCUGCUGGAGCUGCUCUGACUCUUAUGUCUUUGAUUUCAACCAUUCUUUACUACUUGGCUCAUUCUAAAGCUGACACUGGUGGAUGGGAGAAGCAUCAGAACGAUGGCAUUGGCAUGACAUCUCCUCCUCAUGAUGCUCCAAAGCAACAGAACACGGACAAGAUACUCUUGAUCUUCAUUUUCAUCUUCCUCAUUUGGUCUUACAUUGGCUCUUCACAACUAAUCCAGCGGAAACCACCGAGUAUUAAUGAUCUAAGGAUAUCGGAAUCAACAUGGAGAUUCUUGUUCAACAAGAUCAAUUGGUUCAUCAUCAAAUUGUAUGAUAUCUCAAGUGGCAAAGACUUCAGACUCCUAUUUUUGGCCGUUGUGUCCCUAUGGAUAUUAUCAGUGGUGGGAAACUAUUUCAGCUCUCUAACUCUGUUAUACAUCGUGUUUGUGGGUCUGGAGACGAUACCGAUGUUGUAUGAGCAAUACGAAGAAGAGCUGAAUUAUGCAGCAAUUAAAAGCGGGAGGGACAUGAAGAAGCUCUUUAACAACUUCAACUCUAAAGUCAUUAACAAGAUCCCUAAAUCUAAUGCUAAAACUAGGAGGCAUAUGUAACUUUAUGUAUAUAAAUCUUCUAAAUCUGCACGUGUUAAUUACAUAUUAAAGCUUAUAAUAAGUCUUUGUUCAUGUAAUCAUGAUUCAUGAAUGCUCAUCAGGAAUUCAGGAUUCAGUGGGUAUACCGUAUACUUUAAUAUAUUUUCAUUGUUCUAGUAGAUGACCCAAAACAAAGUUUUAAUGCAAUAAGAAAAAUAUUCAAUAG